AUGAGCAACACAACUAUACCGUCAGGGGUGGUUGGGCCAGGAGCAUUCUUGCCAAGUGAUACGAGGCAGCCUUUAGUCAUCGGUAUUACAUCAAUGUUCAUCGUAUUGAUUGCCAUUUUUAUGGCCAUUCGGGUUUAUAUCAGGGGUUACCUCUUGAGAGGAUGGCAACUCGACGACUCUGUGUUCAUGUGGUCUUCGAUGCUCGCGAUUGUCCAAGGAGCCAUGGUACUAUGCACAACGUUUUUACUUCAGUUCCGCCGAGCAUUCGCUCUGCCUCACAUAAUAUUGUUCUGCGACAUCUUCCUGGGUAUCAUGUUCCUAGCACUCAUAGGAUUGCUCAUCUUCGGCGGAAUCGUUAUGCGAGAUUUUCUGAAGCCGGGAUGCGCCUUGCAGCGAUGCAAAAAGCUGGCCUAA